GCAGCGGCUUGGACACAACUCUCCGCGUUUCUAUACACAGGCUCGUGUGUGCGUGAGUCGGAGUCUAGUUAUCUACUUUGAAUAAGCAGGGACUCCUUUCCUCCCCGCCGGCGACUGCUUUCCAAUGCAUCAGUGAUGAGAGUAGCCGAGAGGAAAGACGGACGCUUUUGUUCUUCUAUGUGGACAAGCGGUGCGCCGGAGUGCGCUCCGUGGUUCGGCAUCAUCACCAUCCUCCGCACUUGAGAUCAACCCAAACCCAAGAGGCGCGCUGAGAACCCCCCAACGAACCCUCCGUGCGAGAUGUACUGUGGACGGCUGACGAUUUUUCCUCCUCCAGUCCAAAUUCAAUGGCAGACAAAGACUGCAUUUCUAACUUCCCUUGCUACUACUGAACCCAGAAAGACUCAUCUUAUUCACAGCUAGACCACUGUCUCGCUUCUGUCUGCCAGUCUUUGCUCUUCAGUUUAUUGCCAUGGCUUGUUUUCUGGCAUCAGUGUUUCUUCUGGUUCUCCAGACAAAUGCUGCCCCACCUGAGUUUGUUCAGACAGACUUUAGUAUGGACCUUGAUUCUGGACUACCGGCCAAUGUCUCUGAAGAUGUAACCUUUCCACCCCCAGGAACAAGCAAACGAACCCCACAUAGUAUCAUUAUUGGGGUACGCAAAGGGGGCACGAGAGCUCUGUUGGAGAUGUUAGACAUACACCCUGAAGUCGCUGCUGCAGCCACCGAGGUGCACUUCUUUGACUGGGAUGAAAACUAUGCUAAGGGUCUUGAGUGGUACCGUGAGCUGAUGCCGUACUCUUACCCCCACCAGAUCACAAUCGAGAAAACUCCAGGUUACUUUACAUCAGCCCUUGCACCAGAGCGCAUCUGUGCCAUGAAUUCGUCCAUAAAACUGCUAUUGAUCUUGCGAGAUCCAGCUGAGCGGGUCAUCUCUGACUACACCCAGGUAUACUUCAACCGGCUGGAGAACCACAAGCCAGUACAAGCCAUUGAGAACCUGCUAGUGCGCAAUGGUGCCCUGAAUGUCCGGUACAAGGCAAUUCAGAGGAGCCUGUAUGACAUCCACAUGCAUAACUGGCUGCGCCACUUUCCCCUGGAACAGAUACACAUAGUAGAUGGGGACGCUCUGAUCCGUGACCCCCUGCCAGAGCUUCAGAAGGUGGAGCGCUUCCUCAACUUGCCUCCAAGGAUAGUAUCCUCCAACUUUUACUUUAACCAGACCAAGGGGUUUUACUGUAUCCGAAGUGAUGGAAAAGAGCGCUGUCUGCAUGAGUCCAAAGGACGUCCUCACCCUGCUGUCAACAGCACUGUUCUGCAGCAGCUUCGCUCCUACCUACGAGAACACAACCGAACCUUCUUCAGGCUAGUCAGGCGCACCUUCGACUGGCAAUAAAAGAUUCAGAUCACAAACUGGACUCGACCGAGCCCCAAUCUUGUCUGUAAGGAAGACAAAAAACAGCACUUUACAUACAUGAAAACUCCCCUUGAAUAGCCUGUUAUUAACUACUAUUGUUAUCUCUGGUUUCAGCAGAACUAUAUUUACAUGAUAAGGUAAAAAAUAAGGAAAUACUGUAAUUACACUUGUAAAAUUUAACCGAAGCGCCAAACUUAAGUCAUUUUUCUGUACUGGAAGCAUUUAAGUUGUCAAAUUGCAGUGAAAACAAGUUUAAUGAAACUAAUGAAAUUUCUCCUUCCUUCUAAUGUUUGAUAUUCUUGUUCUUGAUAAUAAACUGUCCUGUUUUGAAA